AUGGACGCGCGCGAGCACGGCAGCAAGGUCGGCAGCGCCGGCGUCGCGUCCGAGCAGCACGCGGCGAUCGACCGCCGCGAACGCCUCCGACGCCUCGCGCUCGAGACGAUCGACCUCGCGAAAGAUCCGUACUUCAUGCGGAACCACCUCGGAUCGUACGAGUGCAAGCUGUGCCUGACGAUCCACGGCAACGAGGGCAAUUACCUCGCGCACACGCAAGGGAAGCGACACCAACAGAACCUCGCGAAGCGCGCCGCGAGGGAGGCGGCGGAGAACCCGAACCUCCCAACCCUGAAAGGGAAGACGCGCCCGGCGCCGAGGAAGACGGUGAAGAUCGGACGGCCGGGGUACCGCGUGACGAAGCAGUACGAUCACGUCCAUCGUCGCCGGUCGCUGCUCUUUCAGAUCGACUUCCCGGAGAUCGAAACGGGGGCGACGCCGCGGCAUCGGUUCAUGAGCGCGUACGAGCAGAAAGUCGAGGCGUGGGAUAAGAAGUAUCAGUACGUGAUGUUCGCCGCGGAGCCGUACGAGACGAUCGCGUUCAAGGUGCCGAACGUGGAGGUGGACAAAACGGCGGAUCGCUUCUUCGCGCACUGGGAGCCGGAUAAGAAGGUGUACACGGUGCAGCUGCAUUUUAAAGCCCCGGGCGGCGGGGGAGGCGCCGGAGGCGGCACGGGCGGCACGAACAUGGGCAACGACGCGCGGUACGGGGAGACGGGCGGGGUGAUCUUGGGGUCGAUGGGGUCGUUCGCGCCGCCGCCGCCGCCGCCGGGGCGGUUGCCGGUGGGCGUCGCGCCGCCACCGGGGGCGUUCGCGCCGCCGCCGCCGCCGCCGCCGCCGCAGUGA